AUGGCAUCCGAGGACCCAAUAGCAGAGCUGCUCACGACCUACAACGAGCUGAACGCAUCCACCAUCGAGUCGCUAGACUCGGAGCCCAGCCCGCUGGAGUUCAUGCGCCACGUCUCGCGCAACACACCCUUCGUCAUCCGGCGCGGCGCGCGAGACUGGACGGCAACACGACGCUGGGAUGCCUCAUACCUGCGGUCCACCCUCGCAGGCCACAAGGUCAACGUGGCGGUGACGCCGUUCGGGAAUGCGGACGCGCCUACCGUGGAUACAGACGACAGCGGCGACCUCUUAUUUGCGAAACCGCACGAGGAGGAUCAGGCAUUCGAGGACUUCCUCGACUAUGUGAUCCAACAGGAGAGGAGGGGCAACGGCAACUCCGAAAAGGGAACUGGGGGAGCGGAAAGGGGCGAGGUUCGCUAUGCGCAGACACAGAACGACAAUCUCCGGCACGAGUAUAUCACGCUCUUCGGCCAAGUGCAGUGUAGCAUCGCCUUUGCGCGCAUAGCGCUCGAGAAAGACCCCGACGCCAUCAACCUCUGGAUCGGCAACUCACACUCCGUCACAGCGCUCCACCGCGACAACUACGAGAACAUAUACGUGCAAAUCGCAGGGCAGAAGCACUUCGUCCUGCUCCGGCCGCUGUGCCAGCCGUGCGUCAACGAGCAGGACCUGGUGCCCGCCACGUACGUCCGCGACGCCGAGAACGGCCUCGCGUUGCGGAGGGACGAGGGCGAGCAAGGUGAAGGAGAAGGGGCAGGGAUGAAAGUCCCCUUCGCAACCUGGGACCCCGACGCCCCAACCGCGCGCGCGACGCCGUACUCGCACCUCGCGGAGCCGAUGCGCGUCACGUUGGAUCCGGGCGAUAUGCUGUAUCUGCCCGCUAUGUGGUACCACAAAGUCUCGCAGUCUUGCUCCGACGAGGGCAUCUGCGUAGCAGUGAACUACUGGUAA